AUGGAAGAGGAAUUGCCUGUCUUGUGGCUGCACUUUGAAGAAGAAAUUCUCAAGUGUAGGGAGAAGUCAGACUGCCCAGCCUGUGUAACUAAGGCUUUCCUCAAGAAUAUGCUAGUAGAAAGCAACUUUGAUGUCACGGAUGAAACAUUUGAAAGUAUGCUGCGCUUUUAUCACGACAGUGGCGUGAUAAUCCUGCCAGGUAGGGGGUGACUGAAAAAAAUAUCUUUGCUUACAAUGGCUGCGCAGUUCAGUGAUAACGAAAACAAGUAAGCGUGAUCAUCAGCUUGAAUAAAUGACACGUUUGAAGUAAGUCUUACCACGACAGCCCUUCGCUGAUCGUUGGUUUCGAAGGUGUGUAAGGAAAUAAGGUAAUGGAAGCGUUACUAACGAGACCUCCCCGUAAAUUAGAUGCCAGUCCAUUGCUGUUUUUCAUACCAUACUUUUUUAAGUUUACUGACUCAUGCAUUUGCAAUUUGAAGAAGAUCAAGUAUUUGGGAAUAGCCAAGGUAUAAAGUAGCAAGUGCUUAGUGAAAAAGAGAACAUAUCUUAAGACAUUACCAAACUACCCCAAGGCAAUUUUUUUUUUCAGGAGAGUUAAUCGGACCUGAGACGCAGAACAUUGAGAUAGGCAAUCUGGUAGUGAUAAACCCCCAGUACCUGGUUGAUGUAAUGACGUGUCUUCAUGAUAUAGCAAAUCAUUUGGAUGUUGAUCGAGAGCAUCACCCUCAGUGGCAAAAGCUGCAAAACCAGGGCAUGGCAGACAUAGAGCUUUUGCAUCAUGUUUGGAAAAAUUUUGACAGCCCGGCCUCCGACCUAGUAGCCAUCUUGGAGGUCUGUGGUUUGCUGUGCCCUGUUUCAGCUUCAGCACGAGUAGAAGAUCCCGAAGACCACAGUGAGCACGAUGAGGGCGAGGUCAUAAACACAAGGACAAGGGAGUUCAUCGUCCCCUUCCACCUCAAAGAGAAAACUCUGAAAAGAAAGUGGGAGAGGCUUUGUCUCAGAACCUGGCAGGCUAUUUGCAAUAUGGAUAAAGUUCUGAUGUUUGAUUUUCUUGGUUUUCUCCCCCCUGCCCUUUUCCAGUACUUCAUUGUUCGCACAGCUGCAAAGAGCAAGAGCAGCAGUGGCAUGAGGCCAAUCAUAGCAAAGGAGAUGGCCAUCUUCUCGUUUGGUGACAGCUUCUUCUUCCUUGCGGAGACCUGCCCAAAGUUCAACCAGAUUAAAAUCAGUGCAAGGCAUGUUGAGUUACUUUACACUUGAAGUUCAGUGUACCCUCUCAAUCAGUGUAUUUCAUUUCCUGUUUAAUGCCUUUGCUUAAAAGAAAAAUGGAAAUAUGGUCCGUUGAUUUUUCAACGAGAAAUAUGCCUCUUUCUCUAUGCACUGAUAGCUUGUAAUUUCAUAGUAUCUCUUUUGGUCGCUUUUUUGCCUUGAUUACUGACUCUUCCACCAAACUUUUGCACUUUUUACUGCUGCCUGUUCUGGCAAUUACCACGUUUUCCCUGCACAAUGAAUAGAAUGAAAUGAAAAUAAGAAAAAUAACGACGGUUUUCUUUUCCACUCAUUAGGUACAAGAAUGGAAAGAAGUUACAUGAAUUGUUCAACGUGCUAAUGACAAUAAUGUCAGAAAUUUGUCAACACCAGUUUAGGUUCCUUAAGUUUGGUUUUGGCCCACUCUGUCCCAACAAACGUUGCCCAGGUACCUCU